AUGGCGUUGAGGAAAUCAGUCUUUAGGGCCCAGCCCGGCUGGGAGGCCAUCGCUCUUAGGUCUCGCCGUGCUACAUUUGAUGAUGGUGGAGAUGAAGCAGUGGCGCCCAAGCGAUUGCUUUUGCAGAUCAAGGCUGAGCAGUCCUCGACCGAGAAGAAACAACUGUGGUCGAUCCAGAAAUUUCAAGAUCGCUUUGUGAAGAUGUUGGGCUUUGCAAAUCGGCCAGCGGGUCAAGCAACAACGGAGGAGGACUUUGACAUUUUUUGGGACAAUCUAGAGCAUCAACUUGUUGGCACCGCAGCGAUUGGAGUAACACCCCUGCUGAAGCUGGACUUGGUGAGGGAGUACAUUACAUUGCGAGACUUCUCGGGCAACGUCUCAGGUGCUGUCGAAGUGAGCAUGCGCAUGUGUUUGAGUUCCAAGCCUUCCAUGAUGCGAAUCAGCACAGCUGCCGGAAGUGGAGUUCUAAAGGACCAGGAGGUGAUUGGCAGCGUGUCCUUCGGACGACUGUCUUAUGAAAACGCUGAGAGCAAGAACUGGGGAAGCUUCUUCGUGCGCUUUUCCUGGUUCGACACGGAGGGCCGCAUGGAGCACGUGUCUCCGGCCGCGCAAGCGGAAAACCUGCAGUAUACCUUCGAGUUCAAACAGACUUGCAGCGAAUCUUUCUUGAAGUUCCUUGAGGACGGCGUGAUGGCACUCCAGGUGCGCGCCUAUGACAGAGGCGUUGCUGCAGGUGAAUUAGACAUCGUCAAGCAGAAGCUCAAGUUCACGGAGGAUGAGUUGGAGAGAGUGAAGAACCAGCUCUUGGAGGUCCAUGUUGUGUUUGUGGCGGUGCUGAAACCUGAAGCAGUUGCCUAG